CUCGUUCGCCUGCUCACCUCAGUGUAUCGACUAAACAGGUACCUACCAUACCAUCAUGGCAGAUCCGUGGCUCCUCCUGCUCACACUCUCGAUACUUCCUCUUCUCGCCUAUGCUGUGUACUACUCGUUGCUUCCCAAACCGCUCGCGGGGAUCCCAUACCAUCAAGAAGCCACCCGUAGCCUGCUCGGAGACAUGCCGGCCAUGUUGAGUCAUAUUCAACGAACUGGCGAAAUGUUCUCCUGGCUAGGCCAACAAUGUACCGAAUUACAAUCGCCUCUGGUUCAAGUCUUCACCCGCCCACUAUCGAAGCCGUGGCUGGUGUUGUGUGAUUUCCGCGAGACACAAGACAUCCUCCUCCGACGCACCAAAGACUUUGAUCGUUCCUCGUUUACUGCCGAUCUCUUUGCGGGGCUGUUACCCGAUCAUCAUAUUCGUCUGGCGACCGACGACCCAGAGUUUCGCAAGCGUCGACGUCUCGGGCAGGAUUUAAUGACGCCGGGAUUUCUCCAAGCUGUAGCCGGACCACACAUUUACAACAGUGCUAUGAACUUGGUCCAUCUCUGGGAGCAGAAGUUGCAGAUCUGCAAGUCUCGACCAUUCGAUGCUUCGCGGGAUAUCUGCCAUUUCAGCUUGGAUGCGGUUCUGGCCUUUACAUUUGGAUAUCGAGCCGAGCUCAAUGCAACGCAAGCUCAGCUCGAUUACAUGACAUCGCAGUCUGGCCCGACAGCGCUCGAGGGCGAGGAAACGCCAAAAGCGGAUAACGACAGGAAGCCCUUUAAGUUUGACGAAGGCCCACAGAAUGCCGACAUUGAAGCACUCCAGAGUCUUUCCCACAGCCUCGAAACGUCACUGAAGGCGCCUUUCCCGAAGCUUGCUCACUGGUUCCUUCGACAAACGAGCGCGUACAAGCAGGCUCUUCUUCGGAAAGAGAAUCUCAUCUCCCGCAUGGUGCGUGAAGCCGAGAGCCGAGCGCACGACGAGAAGGAGCAGAAGCAUCCUCGUCUGGGCGCUGCAGUCGACAGCAUGGUCCGACGCGAGAAUGAAUUGGCCGAAAGAGAGUCUCGACCACCGGAUGUUCACUCUCGUAUCGUUUCAGACGAGCUCUACGGCUUCCUCCUCGCCGGCCAUGACACCCUCUCAACCUCUCAACUCUGGGCCCUCAAACUCCUCGCCCGCCACCCCACUUCCCAGGAUAAACUCCGCACGACUCUCCAAACCUCCCUGCGCCUCGCCCACACCGAACACCGCUCCCCCACCGCCUCCGAAAUCUUGAAGUUAUCCUGUCCCUAUCUCGACGCGUGCAUUGAAGAAUUAUUCCGCGUCUCGCUGACGACUCCCGCUAUAGUGCGGACUGCGAAGCGCGAUACGACUGUUUUGGGAGGAAGCGUGAGGGUUCCGAGGGGGACGGAGGUGGUUAUGGUUUGGAAUGGGAGUGGAAUGCAGGGUGAGGGGAAAGAGGGUGAGGAGGAGAGGGAGGAUUUUUUGAGGUUUGAGCCGGAAAGAUGGAUUACUACUACUGCAGAAAAUGGAGAGGAGGGGAUAGAAGGGAGAAAAGAAGUUUUCAAUCCGAAUCCGAGUUUUAAAUACGGGGGAGGAGGAGGAGGAGGAGAAGGAGGAGCAACAGCAACAAUGAAAAAUAUGAUCUUCAGUCUUGGACCCCGAGCAUGUUUUGGUCGAAAACUCGCAUAUCUGGAAUUUCGAAUUUGGUUGGUUUUGGUGGUGUGGAAUUUUCGAUUUUUGGGACUUGAUGGAAAGGGAGGGGGAUCAUCGGGAUUGGCAGAGGGAGGGGAAAAGGGGGUGGAAGAUAGAGAUAGGGAUGGGGAUGAAGAUGAAGAUGAAUUGUUGGAUACGGAUCGGGCGUGGGAUCGACUUACGAGAGUGCCUAGGGAAUGUUUUGUUAGGUUAGAGAGGGUUUGUGGUGAGUAAGUAAGUGAGUGAGUGAAUGUUAGUAAUGGAGAUGGAGGAAAAGUUUAAAGAUCUUGUAGACGAUAACUACAGAAAACAAGACAUAUGUACCGUAUGUACUGUUGUUAUCUCGUCACCAAAGAGUGGAGAACACUCAAAAAAAAAGAACAGUUCCUAAUUGACCAUUCAUCCGAUCUAAUCUAUUCAUUCCUCCCACUCCCACUCCCCAUCCCCUAUAUCCUCCAAAUCUGCCCCUCCCACGCCGAAGGGUUCAACUCCAAUGGUCCCCGUAAAAUCCCCAUCCGAGGCCCCCUCCUGCUCCCCUCUUCACCAGGCUCAGGCAAACAAAUCCACUCUCGCACACAACCAGGAACAUCUUCUUUCGAAUGACUCACGACCAACAACGCCUGUUCGGGCGUGAGGCCUCCAAAUGUGAUUUUUCCCAAGCGGGAGAGAAUACAUUUUUGAGGAGCGGCGGCUGCGGCAGCUACUGCGGAAGCGUAAUAAGAAGAUGAUUCUUCAGAAGAGGAAGAGGAAGAGGACGAGGAAGAAGAGGAGGAAGAGUCAGGCAAGUGCAUAGUUUCUCCAUGGGAAAGAUACAACAAAGCUUUUUCUCGGACUCGUUCGUCUACUCCACUUAGUGCUUCGUCGAGAAUGACUAAAUCGGGAGAAGCGACGAUGGCGCGGAGGAAGAGGGCGAGUCGUUGAGAGGAAAAGGACAAAUCGCGAAAGGUGACGUGUUCAGCCCAGAUGAGGUCGGAAUCGUCAGAGGUGUAUUCUGCGAAUGCGUUGAGGGGGGCUUCGGGAUCUCUGGGAGCGGGCUUAGUGAGUGUCUUUUGUAAAGUCUCUAAUAACGUGUCGCCCUCGUGGGAUGGGUGUAAUUCCCGCGUGAACCAUCGCAGUACCGCGUCGACGCGCCGAUCGACAUCUGCGGUGAGUCGCGGUUUCGCCAGAGGGGCGUCGGCCCAGGCGGAUUCGAUGGUCCGGCGGACGGUGAGGUGUUUGGGAAAGAAAGCGUGCACUUCGGGCGAAGAGUGGCCCAUGCGCUGUUGGAGGUCGAAGAGACUGAUGCCGGGUUCGCCGGGGGCGGGAAGGCGUGACCGGCCGAAGAGCUUGAUGGGCAGACUGUAUGUCUGUGGGUGGUCGGAAGUGAUGAGGCUGAGCAUGGUGGUUUUGCCGCUGCCGUUGGGGCCAAAAAUGCCGCAUCGCUGGCCACGAUGAAGAGACCACCAGAGCCCGGACUUUUCGGAACCGUCAGGGCCGGUUUGCGUCCAGUCACCGAGGAUUGUCUUGUCGCCGUACUGGACUUUGACGCCAAGCAUUUCGACCAGGGGCUCGCCCCGAGGGAGAGGCGGGGAUUUCUCGCGGAAGCCAUCUUUGGUGAUGUUCAGUCGCCUCCGGCGUGUGUCUGGGCCUUUGGCCAAUCCCGGUUUCAAGAAGCCCUCCAAGUGCAGAUCCGAAGCGAGCAGCUCACUCUUCGCGCCGUGUGCAGUAACUUCCAGGUCCGAAUUGGCCACGACCAGAUGUGUAAUCCACUCCGGCACACCAUCUUCGGGCCGUAGACUGAUGAUGAGUCGGGGGCUCUGCUGCUCGGCCAAGUCCUUCAGCACAGCAGCCAUAUAUCGCGCUGUGUUGGGAUCCAAUCCCAUGAAUGGACCGUCCAAUAGUAACACUUCUGGUAGUGAUACCAGGGCCUUGGCGAUUCGUGCUCGUCUCGUCUGACCAUUACUGAGAUUUGCCACAGGCAUUUGCAACAAAUUCCGCAGCUUCAAUCGAUCGAGCACAUCUUCCAGUCUGCUUCUCUCGACUGCGCUCGGUUCGUGGUGCAGCGCGUUGAGCUCCGUGUGACCAGUCAAGUAGUCCUGAACGGUAAAGUCGGUUUCCUCCCGUCGGCUCUCAUAUCGCGCACUCAGGUAGGCUCCUCGGACACUCGUGCCGCUGACACUGCUUCCCCGGUCGGCAUCGAAGCCCACGUACUUGAUGGCAUGCUGUGGCGACUGUGAUUGUUCGGCCAGCAGAGGAUAGGUGCGAGCUGCGGGUGGAAUGCAUAUAUGUUGAGCGGCCAGGACUUGCAAGAAGGUGGUCCGGGCCAGAGAUGAAGGUGAACAAACGGCCCAGUAUUGGGGGUUGCCGUCGGGGCCGGUGCGCUCUGGCAGGUGAAAGUCGAGCUUGGCGAAGAGCGGUGGAUUGGUGGAGUCGGAGUCGGUGUUUGUGUCUGUGUCUGUAUUUGCUGGGUAGGUCUGAUAGAAAGUUGCUUGGUCAAUCUUGAUCACGUGUCGUGGAUGUUGAUGGUAUCGUCGACAUUGCGGCGCCUUCAGCGUCAGCCUCGCUCUCACAGCCAGCCGCCUCCACAUCUCCCCCAAUCCCGGACGUGAUAUUCGCU